UCAGAGAAAUAAAUCUGUAUUUUUACCUUCAUUUUUACAGUAAAUUUGUUUUCUAAAGCGAUUGUUGGAAAUACAAGAUUGGGUUGUGAUAUAUGAUAAAGGAAAGGAAGUGAGACUUUGUCGAUAGUAUAAAUGACGCAUAUUGUCUAUAUUUAGACUUUAAAAUGUUAAAAUCUAACCUUAACAUAUUGUGGAAGUUUAAGGUUUAAAUGACGAAAUGGAUGUACUACACAGAAUUGACUGCAACUUGUCGCCUAUAAGUAUCGACCAAAUAGAACCAAAUUUAUUUCUUGGUUCAUUAUCUGCUGCCAAAGAUGUGGGCACUCUUGCAAAAUACAAAAUAACCCAUAUUGUGACAAUAGACACUUGUCCCUUACCUCGAAAAAUUCUGGAGCUAAAAAAUAUUACCACAAAAUUCAUCCAACUGUCUGAUCAACCUAAAGAAGAUUUAUUGAGUCACUUUGACGAUGCUGUGGCUUUUAUUAUGGAAGGCGUGUCCAAAGGGGCUGUUUUAGUUCAUUGUUAUUUCGGCGUAUCCAGAAGCGCAAGUGUUGUUAUAGCCUACGUUAUGAAUAAAUACCAAUUAAGUUACAAGGAAGCUUUUGAGAAAGUCAAAGCAAAAAGAAGUAUAGUGUAUCCAAAUCAUGGUUUUGUGUCUCAGCUACACUUAUACAGGGAAAUGGGUUACAAAAUCGACCCAAACAAUUUGAAGUAUAAGAUAUUUAGGCUAAAUAUCGCCGCUGAUCAUGUGAAGAAAGUGAAAAUCCUCCCACAGAAUUUCAUGGAUUUGAUCAAAUUUGAUCCUGGAUUGACUCAAACGCAGCCAGAGCCCAAUGUUUAUAGAUGUAAAAAAUGUCGCAGAGUUUUGGCUUCUGAAUCCAAUCUUAUCACACACAAAAGUGGGGGUGAGGUUUGUACAAAAACUUAUUUUCUUGAACCGCUAGCUUGGAUGAAUGUAACACAGACAACCCAGGAGAAGUUGUAUUGUCCAAAAUGCAACAGCAAAGUUGGCUCUUUUAGUUGGAUUAUGGGUUGUCAGUGCCCUUGUGGAGUCCAAGUAGCUCCUGCCUUUUAUUUGACACCAUCCAAAGUUGAUUUCACCAAUGUUGUGAAGAACGUUGAAAUGACAUUUUGAAUACCUGAUUACGAUGAGAAACAAUAAUUUUUACCCCCAGAAAAGUCUUCCAAUUUUUUGUUGUUGUGGUAAUUCUUUACUGGAGGUUUUUUCAAAGAAAUUCAUUUGGUAAUUGUAAAAAACCCAAAUGUUUCUUUAACAACUUAAAAUAAUCAUGUUUGUAUUUUGUGGUAAAAUUGUGAUAUUGUUAUAGCUACAGUGUUAUCAAAAAUUUUCCUCGGCUAUACUUUUGCCUGAAAUUUGAUUGUCUUCGUAAUGUUUCAAGGAAAGUAAUUAAAACUUUUCAAAGCACAAUUUUAAGUUUUUGAUGACACUGUGUUCAUAGUGGAAAAAAGUAUUAAAACCUAUUUUUGUGUAAUUUGCCAUUAAAAAGUAGUUAUACAUAGUAUACUAGAGCAAUACUUUUCAUGUAUCUAUACAAAAAAUAACUAUAAAAUAUGUAUAUAACUAAAGAUACCAUAAUCGACUCUUCAUUUUCUUUCUUUUUUCUUAUUAAUUUUAAUUAAAACAAUUGUACUAUUAUAUGGGCCUGUUUGUGAAUUUGAUUUUUAAGUACAAAAUCAAUAAAUUUUAGAAGUAGCCCACCAAUUGAAUUAAGUUGUCUUGAUUAAAAUAGAAAACUAGUUUCGGUAAGACAUCUUGUUAUCUUCAAUCCGAAAACUAAUUUAAAUAAACAAAUUUGCAUGUUUGUUGGUAAGUUUAAACAAUUAAAAUUUUACAUUUCACAAGUUGAAAGGCAUAUAGUGCUGAGGACGCCAUGUCCUGACGUGUAUAGCUAAAUUUAAUAGUUUACUAAAAGACAAGUUGUACAACGACUCUCAUUGUGAUAUGAGUAUCACAAAUGCAUGAAUAUCACAAUGAGAGGUUUAUAUUAAAAAACAAGUUUCAUAAGACCAGUCUUAAGGCACGAAUUCAAGUUUAAAAAAGGAGUCGCCUUUUGACUAUUAAAACGUUAUAUCUAAUGGUUUUAACCCAUUUCCUGUUGGUAGGUCAUCACCAUUAUCAAAAUUAUAUUUGACUACGUAAUAGCACCCAUCUCUUCUUCUACUGUAGUUGACUUCUUUUACUGCAAAAAAUUUAGGCAAGAUUCUUAUAAAAGGUGCUUUUUCUCAUCUUUAUUUUCCCACGUGUAAUCAACCUACUAAAAAUGUUAAUUAUAUGCUCAUCGUUCAGAAAAUUAGGAUAAUUCUCCAGAAUUUCUUCUAUAUGGCGAUUCAUCUUUCUAGGAAGCAGUGAUGCCAGAUGAGAUUAAUAAAUGUUAAAAUUUUAAAAAUUAACUAACUAAAUGCGAACACACAGUUCAUUAAAGUGUUCCAGAAAAGGACCAAAGGGACUAGUGCUCAUUUAAAUAUGACUCAUUUUAAUACUUCUAAAAUUUAUAAAAAAAAAGGAAUUCAUUAUUGGUUAUCAAAGUGCACGUUUUUGGAGUAUAUGUUGUAUAUUUUCUACGGCACAUUGUUAUUAUUUUACUGUUUGCAGAUAAACUUUAAUUUUUGUACAAGACGGCUUUCUCUUCCCUAUAUUUUCCUUUAAUUCUAAAAUUUAUUGAUUUUUACCUACUUAAUAAUCAAAUUGUUCUGAAUAGGCCCAUAUAGUAGUUCUUUUUAGACCUGAUAAAAUCAGUAUUGACCUUUUUAAUAAAUCUGAAUAUACAGGGUGCGCCAGAACACGC